UUCAAAUCCUCGGCUAUUUUUUAAGGAAUGCAAGAAAUAUCGCUCUUCUAGCCUAAAUGCAUGUUUCUUGGGGCUUAAAAAAGAAUGUGGUCCACCUGUUGCGAUAAUGCGUGUAUUUUUGCUACGCGUGGUUUCUCUUUUUCUUUUUUUCUAUGUUUACACAUAAAGCAUCAUCCAUUUGUUUUUGCGCAACUACGUUGCCAUGGUGAUAUGGGUCGCCUGAUGGCAGAACCGCACGUACUUUGCGACAUCUCAUAAUUGACGUUACCCUUUUGCCAUCGUCAAAUGUCAUCGUCGGAGUCUUCGGAAAUUAGUAGCGUGAGAAGUGACGAGCUCUACUCUAGCGAUGAGGAUGAAGAUGAGUUCGCCACGGGACUUAUCCUCCUUCCCCAACCCAAGGGACCGGAUGCCAGUCUGAGAAAAGGACCAAGCCUCGCAAACCUCUCCAAACGUCUGACGUUGCACAAGGGUCCAAACCCAAACAACCGCCAUGGCCCCGACCCAACCCUGAGGAAUGGGCCUGACCCAAAGAACCACAGCGGCACAAAGUGGAGGAUGGAAUGCCAAAACAUGACUUGGAGGGGUCCCAAAGCAGACAUGGUACUGCUUAAACAAAAGAAGAGAAGAAAACACAAGCACAGACGAGAAAAGGGUACUGUUGAAAUCGAGAGUACCCAAAAGGAAGAAGAUGUGACUGAAGAAACAGAAUUGUUGGCUAAACACACAGAGGUUUAGUGCAAAUCUGCUCUUUGUGGCUCACAAACUGCUGUGUGAACUUGCAUACAGCUAAAAAAAUUGCUGAAACUUGCAGCCACAAUGUUAAAAAAGUGCCGUUAUAUGUAUUGGUUACAUUAUGGCAUGAUACAGCUUUUUUCCUUGUUGACUCACACUGUUUCAUGAAGCGAGAAUUUCUUUUGUUAGAAUUCAAGUGAGCGACAUGUGCAGUACGUAAGAAAGGCAAAAAAAUGCACAUGUGCGCAAAUAAACGUAUGCUACACACGUGCACAAGUUUAAACAUCGAUACCACUGAUUGUCACACGGUGUGCUUUGAUAUUGCACGAUGAUAACACAUUUGUAACAAAUACGGAGACCUGCAUUUUCAUCGUUGGACACCUGUACUUGUUGAACAAACACCUACACGUUAUUUCCGUUAAUUCUAUCGUUAAGAUUUCUUUCUUUCCUGCUGGCAAUAUUUCCGUGUGAUAUGUGCCAGAUGCGACAUAUUUCAUGCAAAUACUUACGUUGCAGAGGCUCAUAAAUGUGCAUGUUAGGGGAUGUGUAAUACAUGUCCGAGUUGUUCCACAUUGCACUUACGUAUUUGCUGGUGCUAUGCAACUUUGAGAAAUAAAAUUCAUCAGCUUUUCA